GGCUCGGUGCGCGAGGCUGGUUGUUAGGCUCGCGUGGGUGGUGACGCAGGCUGCGGCCCCGGGAGCGCUGCUCGCCCCUUCCUCUCCGCGGGAUCAGCGUCCCGCGGAAGUGACGUGUUGCUCGCUCUGGAGCGCGUUUGAAUCGGUUCCCGGGUGAUCCUCGCGCCUUACAGCUGCUCGGGCACCACCGUCGUCGGGAGGAGGAGCGGCAGCGCCUCGGGCCGAGAUCUCGAGCUACCCCGAGGCCUGAAGCUGAAGGCCGAGUCCGCGCGCCCUUUGGCGCGGCGGGGUCGGCGGCGCCGUCGCAGUCUUUUUUUUUUUUUCCCUUCUCCCCAAUAUGGCAGCGGAGGGCGCCAAUGGGCCGUCGGUGGAGGCUGGGGAGGCUGGCGGCGGGGACGGCGGCCGAACCGUGUAUUUGUUUGACCGGCGGGAAAAAAACUCGGAGCUCGGAGACCGCGAGCUGCAGGUCGACGAGCGCGCGGACUUCGCGGGCUUCCGCGCCUCCGUGUGUCAGACAAUUGGCAUUUCAUCCGAAGAAAAGUUUGUUAUUACAACUACAAGUAGGAAAGAAAUUACUCAGGAUAAUUUUGAUGACAUUGUUAAAGAUGGAGUCACUUUAUACCUGUUACAGUCAGUCAAUCAGUUAUUACCAGCAGCUACAAAAGAACGAAUUGACUUUCUACCUCACUAUGACACACUUGUUAAAAGUGGCAUGUAUGAAUAUUAUGCAAGUGAAGGACAAAAUCCAUUGCCAUUUGCUCUUGCGGAAUUAAUUGACAAUUCAUUGUCUGCUACUUCUCGUAAUGUUGAUAUUAGAAGAAUACAGAUUAAGUUGCUUUUUGAUGAAACACAAGGAAAACCUGCUGUGGCAGUGAUAGAUAAUGGAAGAGGAAUGACCUCUAAACAACUUAACAACUGGGCCGUGUAUAGGUUGUCAAAAUUUACAAGGCAAGGUGACUUUGAAAGUGAUCAUUCGGGAUAUGUUCGGCCAGUACCAGUGCCACGCAGUUUAAAUAGUGAUAUUUCCUAUUUUGGUGUUGGUGGCAAACAGGCAGUUUUCUUUGUUGGACAAUCAGCCAGAAUGAUAAGCAAACCUGCAGAUUCUCAAGAUGUUCACGAACUUGUGCUUUCUAAAGAAGAUUUUGAGAAGAAGGAAAAAAAUAAGGAAGCAAUAUAUAGUGGAUAUAUUAGAAACAGAAAGCCAUCUGAUUCUGUUCACAUUACAAACGAUGAUGAAAGAUUUCUACAUAAUCUUAUUGUAGAGGAAAAGGAAAAAGAUAGUUUUACUGCUGUGGUCAUCACAGGAGUACAACCAGAACACAUACAGUACUUGAAAAAUUAUUUCCAUCUUUGGACACGACAAUUAGCGCAUAUUUAUCAUUACUAUAUUCAUGGCCCAAAAGGAAAUGAAAAACGUACAUCAAAAGAAGUUGGACCUUUCAACAAUAUUGAUAUUGAUAUUUCUAUGUUUGAAAAAGGGAAAGCACCUAAGAUUGUGAACUUAAGGGAAAUACAGGAUGACAUGCAGACAUUGUAUAUAAACACAGCAUCUGAUAGUUUUGAGUUCAAGGCUCACGUUGAAGGAGAUGGUGUAGUGGAAGGGAUUAUCCGAUACCAUCCUUUCUUAUAUGACAGAGAAACUUACCCUGAUGAUCCAUGCUUUCCAUCAAAGUUAAAAGAUGAAGAUGAUGAUGAUGACUGUUUCACACUUGAUAAAGCAGCAAGAGGUAAAAGACCUAUUUUUGAAUGUUUUUGGAAUGGACGAUUAAUACCAUAUACAUCAGUUGAAGACUUUGACUGGUGUACUCCUCCUAAGAAGAGAGGGCUUGCACCAAUUGAGUGCUACAAUAGAAUAUCUGGUGCAUUAUUUACGAAUGACAAAUUUCAAGUUAGUACAAAUAAACUUACGUUUAUGGAUCUUGAGCUGAAAUUGAAAGAUAAGAACACCCUUUUUACAAGGAUUUUAAAUGGACAGGAACAGAGAAUGAAAAUUGACAGAGAAUUUGCUUUGUGGCUGAAGGACUGUCAUGAAAAGUAUGACAAACAGAUAAAAUUUACACUUUUUAAAGGAAUAAUUACACGUCCAGAUCUUCCCUCUAAAAAGCAAGGUCCCUGGGCAACAUAUUCAGCAAUAGAAUGGGAUGGAAAAAUAUACAAAGCAGGGCAGCUGGUCAAGACAACCAAGACACUUCCUCUCUUUUAUGGAAGCAUAGUAAGAUUUUUUCUUUAUGGUGAUCAUGAUGGAGAAGUAUAUGCUACUGGAGGAGAAGUUCAAAUUGCAAUGGAACCUCAGGCACUGUAUGAUGAAGAAAGAACUGUGCCAAUCGCAAAACUGGAUAGGACAGUUGCUGAGAAAACUGUUAGAAAAUAUGUGGAAGAUGAAAUGGCAAGGCUCCCAGAUAGAUUAUCAGUAACUUGGCCAGAAGGAGAUGAAUUAUUGCCUAAUGAAACUAGGCCGGCUGGAACCCCCAUUGGUGCCUUAAGAAUUGAAAUCUUGAAUAAAAAGGGGGAAGCGAUGCAAAAGCUUCCAGGAACAAGUCAUGGAGGAUCAAAGAAACUACUGGUUGAGCUUAAGGUUAUAUUGCACUCUUCAAGUGGGAAUAAAGAAAUCAUUUCACAUAUCAGUCAACAUGGAGGAAAAUGGCCGUACUGGUUUAAAAAAAUGGAAAAUAUCCAAAAGUUGGGGAAUUACACAUUGAAAUUACAAGUUGUAUUGAAUGAAAGCAAUGCAGACACCUAUGCAGGAAGACCACUCCCAUCUAAAGCAAUUAAAUUUUCUGUUAAAGAGGGCAAGCCCGAGAAAUUUUCUUUUGGUCUUCUGGAUCUUCCUUUUCGUGUUGGGGUUCCGUUCAAUAUCCCUUUGGAGUUUCAGGAUGAAUUUGGUCAUACUAGCCAACUAGUAACUAAUAUUCAGCCAGUUCUUGAAGCAAGUGGUUUAUCUUUACAUUAUGAAGAAAUAACCAAAGGACCCAAUUGUGUAAUUCGAGGUGUUAGAGCUAAGGGCUCUAUAAACUCUUGUCAAGGCAAGAAUUUUAACUUGAAGGUUUGUCUGCCGGGUUUGAAAGAAGACUCUCAGAUUUUGAAAAUUAGACUACUACCUGGUCCCCCUCAUCGAUUAAAAGUCAAGCCUGAUUCUGAAAUUUUGGUUAUAGAAAAUGGGACAGCUUUCCCAUUUCAGGUGGACGUUCUAGAUGAAUCAGACAACAUAACAGUGCAACCAAAACUGAUCGUUCAAUGUAAGUUUUCAGGUGGUCCAAACCUUCCAAUUUACGUUGUGGAUUGUAGUAGCUCUGGAACUAGUAUUUUAACGGGACCUGUAAUUCAAGUUCAGAAUAUUAAAAAGGACCAGACACUUAAAGCAAGAAUUGAAAUACCUAGUUGUAAAGGUGUGUUACCAGUGGAAAAAACUAUUAAAUUGCUUCCCAGUAGCCAUGUUGCACAACUACAGAUAUUCAGUAUAGAGGGACAAAAGGCAAUUCAGAUCAAACAUCAAGAUGAGGUUAAUUGGAUAGCAGGUGAUACUAUGCGUAAUCUUAUUUUUCAAAUGUAUGAUGAAGGAGGAAGAGAAAUAAAUAUAACAGCGACUUUAGCAGAAAAAGUUAAGGUUAAUUGGACUCCUGAGAUUAACAAAGAAAACUUACUACAGGGUCUACUUCCUGAUGUACAAGUACCAACAUCUAUAAAAGAUAAGCGCUACUGCCAGGUCUCAUUCCAAGAUGAUCAUGUAUCUUUGGAAAGUGCAUUUACAGUAAGACCACUUCCUGAUGACCCAAAACAUUUAAAAUGUGAGUUAAAAGGAGGAAAAACAGUGCAGAUGGGCCAAGAGCUUCAAGGAGAAGUAGUUAUAAUCAUUACAGAUCAGUAUGGAAAUCAGGUACCAGCAUUUUCACCAAGUUCUUUGUCUGCCUUAUCAGUUGCUGGGGUUGGACUUGAUAGCUCAAAUUUGACAACUACUUUGCAGGAAAACACACAAAGUAUAAGUGUAAGAGGCAUAAAAUUUAUUCCAGGCCCUCCUGGAAAUAAGGACCUUUGUUUUGCAUGGCGUGAGUUUUCUGACUUUAUUCGAGUGCAGCUAAUUUCUGGACCUCCUGCUAAACUUCUCCUGAUAGACUGGCCAGAAUUAAAAGAGGCUAUUCCAGUGAUUAAUGGAAGAGAGUUAGAGCGCCCUCUUGCUGUUCAACUUUGUGAUCAGUGGGACAAUCCAGCACUAAUACCAAAUGUAAAAAUAAGUCUCAUAAAAGCUAGCAGUUUAAAGCUCACACCUUCAACCCAGCAACAUAAAACAGAUGAGAAAGGCAGGGCUAAUUUGGGAGUGUUCCUUGUUUUUGCCUCUAGGGGAGAACAUACUAUCCAAGUUAAAGCCAUCUAUAACAAGAAUACAAUACAAGGACCUGUAAUUAAGUUAAUGGUUCUUCCAGACCCUGAAAAACCCAUUCGUCUCAAGGUUAAAUAUGACAAAGAUGUUUCCUUUUUAGCAGGGGAUGUUUUCACUGAUUUUAUAGUUAGUGUUAUUUCUGAAGAUGAAAGUAUCAUCAAAAAUAUUAACGCAGCACGUAUUUCAAUGAAAAUGUGGAAGCUGGCUAACAAUAUGAAUCGACCACCUCCAAAUGCAGAAAUAUUUAGUUGUAAUAAAAUAAAAGAUAAUGACAAGGAAGAAGGCUGCUUCUGUUUCAGGGAUAAAGUUAUUCCUAACAAAGUGGGAACAUAUUGUAUCCAGUUUGCUUUUAUGAUGGAUAAAGUAAAUAUGCUCAACAGCGAACAGAUUAUAGUUGAUGUCCUGCCUAAUCUGCCUAUGAAGUUGGUUCCUGAAAUCCAACCAGCUACUCCCGCUGUUUCUAAUGUUCGGUCUAUUGCCAGUAGGACUUUGGUCAGAGACUUGCAUCUCAGUAUUACGGAUAAUUAUGGCAAUCAUACAGGAAAGAAUCUGGUUGGCACUGUGGUAGCUACCAUUAAAGGUUUUAAUGAGGAGGAUAUAGAUAUACCACUCUUCAUUGGGAAAGUUAGAACACUUGAGUUUCCUUUUGUGAAUGGUUCAGCUAAAAUCACAAGUUUAGUGCUGGCAGAAAAUAGUCCUGGAAAGGAUAGUACUGAAUAUAUUAUUAUUUUUGAGCCUCGGUUAUCACCUUUGUCAAGAACAUUAGAGCCGUACAUACUACCAUUUAUGUUUUAUAACGAUGUGAAGAAGCAGCAACAAAUGGCAGCACUUACAAAAGAAAAGGACCAAUUAUCUAAGUCUAUUAUUAUGUAUAGAAGUCUAUUUGAAGCCAGCAAACAGCUUCUUGAUGAAAUGAAAUGCCAAGUGGAAGAAGCAAAGUUAAAAGAGUCCCAGUUGAGACAUGAAUUGAAAACAUAUAACAUUGAUAUUCCUGCAGCACAACAGGUUUCAUACAUUGAAGCAGUUUUGAAAAGAAAGAUAGCAGAACAGGAAGAACUAAAGAAAAAACCCCGAAGAUCAUGCACACUCCCAAAUUAUACUAAAGGCACUGGAGAUGUUUUGGGAAAGAUUGCACAUCUUGCACAAAUUGAAGAUGAUAGAGCUGCAAUGGUUAUUUCCUGGCAUCUGGCAAGUGACAUGGACUGUGUGGUCACCCUGACCACUGAUGCUGCACGUCGUAUAUAUGAUGAAACUCAGGGUCGUCAACAGGUGUUACCCCUUGAUUCUAUUUAUAAGAAGACUUUGCCGGAUUGGAAAAGACCUCUACCUCAUUUCCGAAAUGGAAAAUUAUAUUUUAAACCCAUUGGAGAUCCAGUUUUUGCCCGAGACUUGUUAACAUUUCCAGAUAAUGUAGAACAUUGUGAAACAGUAUUUGGUAUGCUGUUAGGAGACACCAUUAUUUUGGAUAACCUGGAUGCAGCCAAUCAUUAUAGAAAAGAGGUUGUUAAAAUCACUCAUUGCCCCACACUACUGACCAGAGAUGGAGAUCGAAUUCGAAGUAACGGAAAAUUUGGAGGACUUCAGAAUAAAGCUCCUCCAAUGGAUAAACUUCGAGGAAUGGUGUUUGGAGCUCCAAUACCAAAACAGUGCAGGAUUUUAGGGGAACAAAUAGAUCUUCUUCAGCAAUAUCGCUCAGCCGUGUGCAAGCUGGGUAGUGUGAAUGAGGACCUCAAUGGUCAGUUAGAGUACCUUCACACUCCUGAUAUGAAGAAGAAAAAGCAAGAACUUGAUGAACAAGAAAAAAGUUUGAAACUCAUAGAGCAAAAACUUGGUAUGACUCCUACACGUAAGUGUAAUGAUUCUUUGCAUCAUUCACCAAAAGUUGAGAUGACUGAAUGCCCAAUUCCUCCUAAAAGAAUGAGAAGAGAAACUACAAGACAGAAUAGGGUUAAUAACUAAAACAGAUGAUGUGAAAGGUGACAGAACAAGGACCAUUGGCAUCACUGAGAAUGUCUUGCUUUUCUAUCUCUUCCUCAGAAGACCAAAAGGUGACUUAUCCAACUGAAUGUUUCUGGAGGCAACAGAAGGGUCUGGGCAUGAAUUUCCAUGUCUAUCCAAAUGAGACUGGAACAUUUUAUGGAUUUCAUUGGACUGUGUGGAUUUAUUGGAAUUACUUCAGUAACUGUACCCUUUGGUUGUUAUCUUGCAAAUGUGUCAGAAGAAAAUACACUUUUAUGGCAGUAACUACAAAACUGACAUACAACAUUCAUUGAUCCUGAAGAAAAAUGUACAUAUAUUUUUCAGUAUAAUUAUGAAUAUGGUAGAGCUAUUUCUAGAAAGCAGCUUUUUUAAUUACUUUUGUGUAAAUUUAUUUAACAAAGAUGUUUUGGUUUGUGUAAGGAAGAUUUUAAAGACUAGAUGUUUAAUUGUAAAUAUAUGGGGAAACUCAAUGAAGAAUUCAAGACAAAAAAACAAAACAGAAAAAGCACAAGCAAACGUGAAUUCAAAUGUUGUAAUACAUGGAAAGCCCAAGAAUGGUAGCACAUACCUGUAAUCCCAGAAAUUGGGAGGCUGAGGAAGGACAACUUAGCCGACGUAGGGAGUCCCUGUUCCAAAAAAUGAAACACCACCACUACCGAAAAACAGAUACAUGGGAAUGAAAUUGGUGAGUAAACUUGUGACACAUGAUCAUAAAGAGUGUAUCCUGUGUGUAAAUAAAACAUACAGCAACAAUUUUAUAAGUAUUGUCUGUUAUUAAUACUAGAUUAUAUAGUCUCAGCCUUUCUUAUGCAUUUACAUUAUUUUAUAAUUUUUAUUACUAUUUUUAAGAGGUUAAAGCAAACACAAUUUCAUAUUAAUGCAAUAAGAAUUUAUUAGACAGUUGAAAAAACAUCUGAAUUGUGUUUUAAUUCAAGCUAACAUGAGUCCUGUAUAUCUUUGUGUAAAUUCAAGAUGGUUGGUUUGUGAAGUUAUUUUGUAUGGAAAACUUUUGGUACAGUUUGUAUCCCAGAAGAUAUGUGAUAUAUGUGUGUUUUAAUCCUUUCUGAUAUGCAGUGGGGUUAAUAAUAAAUAGGAUUGUUUCUAUACUGAACAGA